AAAAUUUGGGAGUGUAAAAAUGCAAUUAUCCCUAAAAUUUAUAUAUAAGUAGCUCUUCCAACGCCUACUUCUCCAAGCUUUUAUAUUAAUUUUCUUACAAGGCUUUGAUCUUAUAGCUUUAAUGGAGUUGUAUCGUUGCCUUUCCAUCCUCUGCUGUCUGCUUGCAAUUCUCAGAAGCAAUGCUUUCAAGGAUGAUAAAUGGCAGUUAUCUAAUUACUGGCACUCCGCUUUGCCACAUACCAAGUUGCCAAAAUCUCUGCAGAAUACUUUACAGCUCGAUGAAGAGCCAAUUUUCAACAGUAUCAAUGUCAAAACAAUACUUCAACGAUCUGCCGUGCCAACAUUAGGCAAUGAUGAUAACUACGCUAAAGCUGCUUCAGAGAAAGUCCAACUAAUUGAGCCUGAUGUGACUAUGUUCUUCCUGCAAAAUGAUCUACAUUCCGGGAAGAAAAUGAAGCUCCACUUUCCAAAAUCCACAAACCAGGCUAAAUUCUUGCCCCGCAAGGUAUCUGAAUCCAUACCCUUUUCGACCACAAAGUUGCCAGAAAUUCUAAACCGCUUUGGGAUUCAACCAAAAUCAGUAGAAGCAGAAACACUUCGACAAACCAUCGAAGAAUGCGAGCAAGCAGGCAUCGAAGGCGAAGACAAGUACUGCGCAACAUCAUUGGAAGCCAUGGUCGAAUUCAGUGUGUCUAAGCUUGGAAACAAGAACAUCAAUGUGUUGUCCAUAGAGUCGGAUAAGGGAAUUAGCAAACAGGUUUAUAGCAUAGUUGACAAGGGAGUGAAAAAGAUAGGAGAUAGAUCGGUUAUUUGCCAUAAACAGAAGUAUGCUUAUGCUGUGUUUUAUUGCCAUGAAAUAAAGGCAACAAAAACUUACACGGUGUCAAUGGUGGGAAAUGAUGGGACAAAAGCUAAAGCAGUAGCUGUUUGCCAUACCGAUACACGUACUUGGAACCAUGAUAAUUUUGCUUUUCAGCUGCUCAAAAUUAAGCCAGGGACUGUCCCUAUUUGCCAUUUCCUUAAUAGUGAUACUCUUGUUUGGGUCCAAACUAGCAAUUAGUUUGUAUAUGCUCAAAGACUCAACAUUUGGUAUGCGUGCUUUUUUUUUGUUUUUUUGGGGGGGGUUGUUGGUUUGGGUGGCCGUGAUGUAUUUGUAGUUUGAAGGUGUGGCAGGUAUUUCCAAUAAGAAAAUUGGAAAAAAGCUAUAGAAAAAAAAAAAGAA